AUGUCCACCCCUCAAUUCUGGUCUACACCCUUGCGGUACCUCCGCUGGGCUUCACAUGAGAAACCUGCCAUCUUCUACUCCCUCAUCAUCGGCUCCAUGGGCCCCGUCGCGCUCGUCGGUCUGCCUCCGCUUCGCCGGGCCCUCGGUGACGUCGACCCCGAGCCCAUUCCCAUGACAUAUCCCAUUCCCCAGGGCCCCCGCGUUGUUCCUAAGGGCUACGAGGACUAA